AACCGCAUAUACGCAUAUAUUUAUUACACAUUUAUAUUGGAAAUAAUAUUGCUAUUAUAGACAUUUAUUUUACUAUUUAAAGACAGUAGUUAGUAUCUACUACGAUAAAUAUUGUACUAAUUUUUCCGAAAAAUAUCUUAUAUUUAUUUAUCUUUAUAUUUUAUUUUAUUAUGUAUUGUUAAGUAUAAUAGUAUAAUACUAUGAUAUAUUAUACUAAUUAACGUUUGUGUCAAUUACCGACCAAACUACCGUAGAACGGUGUGAAUGGGUUCGCAAUAUAAAUAGGAAAUAGCUUAAAAAUAAUUUUUUAUCAAAUAUUUUUUUCCACUACAAAUCGUGUAUCAUGCAAUAAACAAAAAAAACACAUUAUGAUAAAAUCAAUGCAUUCAUCGCUUCACUUCGCACUGUACACCUAUUACGUAUUGCUAUACUAUUUUCUGUUCGUGUUUUUUUAUACUCGCUUGUAAUAGAUGCUGUAAUAUACUUGAGUUUAGGUAUAUAUUUAAAUCAUUAUUAGUGUCGUCGACCGAAUAUAUAAUAAUAAAUGUUGUCCGUGGUGUAGGUACUAUAACAGUUAAUUAUUAUUAUUAGUUUCUUUUUUUUUUUAUUUAAAAAAAUGAACACACAUUUCUCCGAAAUGACCAACGAAAGUUGCACUUUUCCAAGUACACUGGACAUGAACAAAUUGCCAAUAGUGCGUUUCAAACUAAACACUCCGUCUUUAAUAUGCAUUGUUCAAGCCAUAUUGCCCGAGUUAUUAGAAAACUUUGAAAAUGUAUUUGCAGAGGUAGUUCAAUGUCCAGAUUUAACCCAACCGCCGUUUAACUUGACCUCCGAAGGACUAUGUGGUGACGAAAACGUAUUUGACAUCGGCGAUGUCACUAAUUUUAUUCCUUCAUUAAAACGAGAAAAAUUGUAUAACGUCAAAGAUUUAAAACAGAUUACUGGGUCUGAUCCUUUGGUUAUCAUCGGAGCUUGUGCCGGCCCAUAUCCGUUUUUCGGAGCCGACAGUGAGUGCGUGGAAAAUGUUAAAAUGACAGGAGACCGUGUGGAAAACGGAACACACGUUCACAUGACAAAGUCCGAUGACGUCGCGGAGUGUUUCCAUGAAUCAUUACCCGACGACGAAAUGCGGUUUUCAAUGAUGGCCAAUUUCUUCACUAGUAACGGCAUUAAAGGAGAGGUUUUGAAAAUUGUGUGCGAAAUUAGAAAAGGGCCUCUAAGUUUUAGCACUUGCAUUAGAGAAGCAUUAGUAAAGCAUUUUGGAGAUGAAAUCAUUGCUUUGGGUGGAGUAAUACUCAUCGAAAAUGGAAAAGUGAAAGUUCAUGUCAUAAAACCGAGCUUGGUGAAAAUUCCAAUAAAAUCAGAAAAAGAGUUGGGCAAUUGGUUACAUUUCAUUGAAUUAUCUCCAUAUAUCUAA